AUGCAAUCUCAAAAUGAACCAGGAGGGAAUAAUAAUUCAAGUCGAAAUGAUUUAUUCGAUUUAUCAUGGAAACCAGAUGUACCUCCUCCGAAACCACUCCCAAAUAUUUCCACACCCAAUCUUUCACAACCUCCUACACCUGGGAAUAAGGGGAGUAUAAGUAGUAUAAGAUCUUUAAGGGAUAAAGCUAGAUGGAGAGGAUUAGAACAAGAUGAUUUCGGAUUGGUUUUUCCUAAAGAAUCAAAUUCACCUCGCCAGCCACCUAUUUUGACUUCUUCAACUUCUUCAAAUCUUCCUCAUACUUCUCCUUCUACUCCUUUUGUCUCAACAAUUCCUUCUUCAUCUUCAUCUUUUCUUCCUUCACUCUCUCAGACCAACGUUCUUCCAACUUAUUCAUCCGAUUUUACCCCUACUUCGACUCUUGAUCUCACUAGUACUCCUUCUUUUCCCUCCUUUUCAAACACAGAUACAAAUGGACAAGCUCAAUCAGAUUUAGGAAUCGGAUCAUCAUCAUCAUCAACAACAACGACAAACCUAAACCUAAACCUAUCUUCAACUACAUUACUUCACAAACAAUCAACAGAAUCUAAUUCACAAAUCAAUUAUUCUAGUGGUUCACCUCGUACUUCAUCUUUCUUUGACGUUUCUUCUUCAUUCCCUUCUCCUCUUCCAUCACCUUUGAUCCUUUCUCGCGCAUCUAGCUCAAGUACCAACAAUAUCAAUACCAAUAACAAUUCACUUCGAUCAGAUCGUCGUGAGCCUCCACCGGCUCUUUCACCAUUACAUCAAAGUCCUACUUUACCCGGUGGAGGACCAGGAUGGCAACCCCCAAGACCAAAAGGAAGUGAAAAUGUUAAAUUGAGGUUGAUCAAUAAUCCGAGUUAUUUGUUAGGUGAAGGAAGAUAUGCUUCUGUUUUUUUGGCUUCUUAUUCAAGAGUGAACAAGUCGGAUCCUCUCGUCAGGAGAAGCAAGGAGAGGUUGACGUUCAAUGGGCGUGUGAAUGAAAAGCAAGAGAAUGGGAAAGGAGCAAAUCUCGAAAAUGGUCAAACCCCACAAGAGACAAGAGACGGAACGGUGGAUCUAAGCCCAAACAAAGAUUCAGAUACGGGCGUGGAGAUAAGAAAACCGACGGAGAAAGAAGAAGAAAAAGAAAGAGAAAUAAAUCCUUCUGGUGAUGGAUAUAUAGGAGGUAAAUGGAAACUAUGCGCAGCCAAGAUUCUUUCCCCCGAUAGAGAAUCUCAAACUAUGGGAUUAAGAGAAGCUUUCUUCUUGAGUCGUCUUACCGCUGAAACUUCCCCUUCAACAACAUCUAGGAAAUUAGGAAAUGGUAUACGUGCUUCAUCACCAUUAAGAAGUCGAUUUUCAUCUUCUAUCUCUUCCACUCCUUCAACACCGGGAACUCCUGGAACUCCUUCAACACCAGACAUUACAAAAUCUACUUCCAGUCCUUUUGACACGUUAGGAAUACCGGGAUUACCUAAAGUCUCUCAAUCACUUCGAUUGAAUGAUCCAGGUGAUCACUCAUCACACGAGGAGACCAUUCAUGGGAGGACAAGUCAUAUCAAUGGGGAAAAGGAGGUUGAUAACACGCAUCAAUUUGAGAAUCCUAACAAAUGGAAAUCUCCAGAUAAAGGUAAAGUAUACAUAAUCAAACUUCUCGCUGUAAAAGAAGAUCAAGAAACAAAACAACGUCCAGAUAAAGUACACGGUAGAUCAACUUCUGAUAUGAUCGAUCUUUCACGUUCUCCUUCAAGACAUCGAGCUACGACUCUUCAACGUGGUGAUCCACGAGAUCCUAGAUUGUUGAGAUUAGAAGGAGAUAAUGGAUUAUCUUCUUCACCUUCCAUGCCUAGUUUAGCGGAUGCAGCGAGGAAUCAAACCGGUCAUACACCUGCAAGAUUGGUUUUGUUAUUGGAAUAUGCCAGUUUGGGUACUUUGGAUAGGUUGUUGAGGACAAGUCCGGAUUUGGUAGGGAGACAAUUAUGGGAAAGAUGGGCUAGACAAGGUGCGGAAGCUUUGGAAUGGGUUCAUGGGAAAGGUGUUGCUCAUGCUGAUGUCAAGCCUGGGAAUAUUUUGCUCACCUCCGCCCUUGACAUCCGUCUUUCAGACUUUGGUUCUUCCCUACUCAUUCAUCCUUCCCAUCCACCUACCGACGGUCUGGGUCUUGGCACCUUACCAUUCUCCCCACCUGAACUUGUCGAUCCUUCCGAAUCAUUUUCCUUCCCCGUCGAUAUUUUCGCUUUCGGUGCUACCCUCUACCAAUGUCUCACAGGUCGUGAACCUUAUCGUGGGAUGCGAUCUGUGGAGAUGAUGCAUCACGUUCGUCAAGGUGAUUUAUGGGUAUGGGAAGAACGUACUCGAUUAGGACUUGAAACUUCUCAUGGACCAGGGAUUUCACCAUAUCCUUCAGCAUGGAGAACAGAAGUGGAAAGUGGAGGUAUAAAACGUGCAGGUUCAUUACGACUUCCAAAAGGACGUAAUCCAGUAAAUCUCAAUAAUAUCUUAAACGUUGAUGCUGUGGUCUUUGGGAGACCUAAAUUAUCUAGGAUGUCUUCAGCCGAAUCUCUUCGAGCGAGUGAAGAUGUUGUUGAUAGUCAAAGAAGUUCAGAUUCACCUGGAGGUUUAAAAUCUUGGACUAAUUGGAUUAAAAAUUCUUCUAUCUCAUCUUCUUCAUCAACAUCAUCUUCAGAUCCAAUCGAUUUAUUACUUGUUGAAACGGAUGAUAUAUCGAUUCCUACCACUCCUACUUCAACUAGUAAACCUGUAUCACGUAAAACUUCACUUCGUGCUCCUCAAUCUAGACGUACUACGAUGUCUUCACCAUUAGCACACGCCCCAUCACCGGAUUUACCCCAAGGAGAAGUGAAUGAACCUUAUGAGGAUGGAAGUCCAAGUAUGCCAUUUUUGAAUGGAGAAGAACGUGUUUCGGAAGAAGUGAGACAAAUGUUGAAAGAGAUGUUAUCACCCCGAGCGGGGCAUAGACCCAGUGCAGAGGAAGUAGUAAGAAGAUGGGAAGAAUUGGGAGUGGGUGAAGAAUGA